GAAGGUACGGGGUUUAAGAGUUACCUCCCUUGUUCAGUUCUUCAGCUGCCGAGCCAGAAAACUGUGAGACAGUCAACGUAUCGGCGAAGAGACAAGUUGUACAUGCUGGCAUCAACAUGAGGACAUAUAAUGACGAGCUCAAGUACUUGGAGAAAAUCUCCGCCAACUGCUGGCACAUCAAGAAGGGAUUUGUUGAAAACAUGAAAGUUGACGGUUAUUUCUACACAAAUGAACGCCUGGAGAAGCUGAUGUUUGAUGAAUUGAAGCACUCGUGUAACAGUAAAGGUUUCGGCGGCUUUCUUCCGGGGAUGAAGCAGAUUGCUAAUGUUGCUGCUCUACCUGGAAUUGUAUCGAAAUCUAUUGGACUUCCAGAUGUUCAUUCUGGGUAUGGCUUCGCAAUUGGUAACAUGGCAGCCUUUGACAUGAAUGACCCUACUGCAGUUGUCUCCCCUGGUGGUGUUGGUUUCGACAUCAACUGCGGUGUGCGUCUCCUGCGUACAAACCUCCAUGCUAAGGAUGUGAUCCCGUUGAAGGAACAGCUGUCCCAGUGCCUGUUUGAUCAUAUUCCAGUGGGCGUCGGCUCACGGGGGAUCAUACCCAUGACAGCCCAAAACUUGGAGGAGGCCCUUGAGAUGGGGAUGGACUGGUCGCUGAGGGAAGGCUAUGCGUGGGCGGAGGACAAGGAACACUGUGAGGAGUAUGGCAGGAUGCUCAAUGCUGACCCCUCUAAAGUCAGCAACAGAGCCAAGAAGAGGGGCCUACCACAGCUGGGGACCCUAGGUGCCGGAAACCACUACGCCGAGAUCCAGGUCGUGGAGGAGAUCUAUGAUGACUAUGCAGCCAAGAAGAUGGGGAUUGAGUUCAAGGAUCAGGUCUGUGUGAUGAUCCACAGCGGCAGCCGUGGCAUGGGGCACCAGGUGGCGACAGAUGCUCUCGUUGCCAUGGAGAAGGCAAUGAAGCGCGACAAGAUUGACGUGAAUGACCGCCAGCUAGCAUGUGCUCAUAUCCAGUCCCAGGAGGGGCAGGACUACCUGCGUGGCAUGGCCGCCGCCGCCAACUACGCCUGGGUCAACCGCACCAGCAUGACCUUCCUAACCAGACAGGCAUUUGCCAAGAUGUUCAAGACAACUCCGGAUGACCUUGACAUGCACAUGAUCUAUGAUGUGUCGCACAACAUUGCCAAAGUAGAGGAGCAUUUUAUUGACGGCAAGCAGAAGACACUUCUGGUUCACAGGAAGGGAUCCACACGAGCCUUCCCGCCCCACCACCCUCUCAUUCCGGUGGAUUAUCAGCUGACGGGCCAGCCUGUUCUCAUCGGCGGCACCAUGGGCACAUGCAGCUAUGUGCUGACGGGCACCGAACAGGGCAUGACGGAAACAUUCGGCACGACGUGUCACGGCGCAGGGAGAGCACUCUCCCGAGCUAAGUCGCGGCGGAACCUGGACUACUCGGAUGUGUUGGCAGCCCUGGAUCAGAAGGGGAUCAGCAUCAGGGUUGCAUCCCCCAAGCUUGUGAUGGAAGAGGCUCCAGAAUCUUACAAGAAUGUGACUGAUGUGGUUGACACAUGUCAUGCGGCCGGGAUCAGCAAGAAGGCAAUCAAACUACGUCCUAUUGGGGUCAUCAAAGGCUAGCCCCUUGUCCUCAUAUUUGUGCUGGAAACUCACAUCUACAAGUGCUUCGCCAUGCUAUCUCCACGUGUUACUAACAGCAUGUCUGACAGCGCCACCUACAUUGCUGAAAUAUCUCAACAAAUUGUCGCGAGCUGCUUUGGGCAAUAUGAAACAUGCCUCACGAGCCUCAAUAGCUAUAACAUCUUACAGACUGUCAAUCUAGUUAUUUCUAAAACAGUCAUGUGGACAAUAACAUUACAAUAUUUUGUUACUGGUAUUUAGUUUCGUAUUGACUAAUACUAAAAUACAUUUAGUUAAAAACAGUCAUGUGGACAAUAACAUUACAAUAUUUUGUUACUGGUAUUUAGUUUCGUAUUGACUAAUACUAAAAUACAUUUAGUUAAAAACAGUCAUGUGGACAAUAACAUUACAAUAUUUUGUUACUGGUAUUUAGUUUCCUAUCCACUAAUACUAAAAUACAUUUAGUUACAGAUCAAUUUUCAUUUAAUUUCUCUCACCUGUUUGGUACACAAAAUUGUGAAGUGAUCACAUUUAUGGGCUUAAGUGUUCAAGAGAAAGUGAAUAGCAGAGGACAAAUAAGACAAAAGUUUUUGGAUAAUAACUUCUUUAUUGUACUGUAAUAGCGACUUUUCACUGUAGAUCCUCAUACCUCGUCAAGGGACUGAAAAAUGAACAUGGUACAGAGUAAUAUAUGGUAAGCGAAAGAUUAACAGUAACAAGUAUGAUACAUCAGAGGGAUUAGCAUGAGUAGGUUUACUUAUAACAACAGAAGAAUAAUACUGUAACAACAUGAUGGAUGGGGAACACAUGAUAGGUAAGCCAAUUACACUGGAUUAAAUUACUUCGGUGGGAUGACUGGAAAACUGUUUUUGUUUGAAAGUAAGUUUAAUUUUACUUAUGAUAGGGAAAGUUAACAUCUUGAUUUUAUUGUGUGGUUUUAAGCAGGCAAAUCCUUUUGUUAAAAUUUGGUUAUGUUUGAAAAGUUAUUAUUCCAAAAAUUGAAAGGUGUUUCAUCAUCAAAUUCAAUUAAAAGUAACGUAACUGUUUAAGCCCUACUUUAUUAGCUAUGUUGUCAGUGAAGAAGCCACCUUUGGAAUGCUAAAACAUUAUAGAUCAUGAAUUGAAAACGUUUUUUACAGUCAUUUCAUGUAGACUUGGGGCCCAGAAAUCGGCCUCUGAAAACGCCUGGAUAAAUCUGUCUUGGCGUGGUAGACCAGAAGAAUGAAGGUUUGAUUGUGUUUUGAACAAGUUAGACAAUGAGGUGAUCUGUCAUUGUUAUUGUCCUCCAACCGUGUUGAAUAUCUGGUGAUAUUUCCCCAGCUGUGUAUUGUAUAUAUUGUGUACAUACAUCUGUAGCCUCUGUACAGUCAGUGCAUGAAAUAAAUACGGUCGGGUAUGAA